AUGUCGGCACUCUUUGAAUGGGCGUUUGGUAAAAAGCUCACCCCGCAAGAACGACUUCGUAAGAAUCAACGAGCACUUGAAAAGACUCAGCGAGAAUUAUCUCGUGAAGUAACCAAGCUUCAGCAACAAGAAAAGAAACUUAUCAGCGACAUCAAGAAAUCUGCCAAACAAGGACAAAUCUCCAGUGCCAAAAUCCAAGCCAAGGACUUGAUUAGAACCAAAUCAUAUAUUUCCAAAUUCAACUCCAUGAAGGCGCAAUUACAAGCUAUUUCAUUACGUAUUCAAAGCGUAAGGUCGAAUCAACAAAUGGCCAUGUCAAUGAGAGAUGCCACUAGGUUAUUAGGUGGGAUGAAUCGUUCUAUGAAUUUACCACUGUUAUCUAGAAUUGCACAAGAAUUUGCAAAGGAAAACGAUAUGAUGGACCAGAAACAAGAGUUUAUGGAUGAUGCGAUUGACGAUGCUAUGGCGUUGGAUGAAGAUGAAUUAGGUGAGGAGGAACAAAUUGAUGAAAUUUUGGGUAAGGUUCUUGAUGAGAUUGGGGUUGAUUUGAAUGCUAAUUUGAAAGACACUCCUAGUGCUAUUCAUGCGGGAGAACAGCCUGAGUCCAAUGCCAGAGUGGCUGAAGCCGUGGGUGCAGGUGGAGGUGGAGGUGGAGCUGAUGAAGACGAUUUACAAGCUCGUUUAGAUAGUUUAAAGAAGUAG